CUUAUAGUCAUUUCAUUUUAUGUUUGUUACAUUUUGUUAUAUUUGUGGAGGAAAAACUGAACGCACGCGACUUCUCUGAGUAUUAAUGUUGCCAUGGCAACAAUUUCUUAUAAAGCACAGAAUUUCGUUUGGAGUUGUUCAGUUAGUACUUCUACCAGCGAUCAUUCACAUCAAAGAUGGAAGCAAAAUGUACGUCAAAGAUGAAUAAUCUGGAAACAGAAGUAAUCGGAGGAGAAAAUGCUGGAAUGUCCUGGCAGGAGCUCAGGUGCUUCAGAGACAUCCUGGACGUUGUCCUCAAUCUAAAUGAUGAGGAAUGGAAGGCAUUGACGAAGGAUAUGCCAAAUGUGGGCACAAGAAUGGAGUAUGCAGGUCUUUGUACAAGAAUCGUGAUAUCGGUUUUGAAAUCUGCAAUUGAAAGAUACCUGACAAUAGUGAUUGAGGUCAUGGGAAUUGAAUCGCUUCUCAUUGCCCAAGAAAAGCUGAAGGAAAAGGGGGAAAAUGUGUCAAAGGGUGCAGCUGCUACCCCAGACAGCAGAUCUUCAUCAGAGGAAAGAUCAGUGGACCUGUCUGAUUUCAUCUGUGACAGUCUGGACAGUUUUGUCAACAGUGUGAAAAUGGCAAUGCAAGAGGCGAUCUGGAAGACUGCCUCUGGAAAAACCUUGCUAUUUGCUGAAAACUGGAAGACAUGCAGUCACGUCACUAGAGAGAUGUUACAUAUCCUGUUGGCCAAAUUGAAACCGUCUCGCACAGAGGCACAGUUAAGGUCAGAGGCACAGGUAAGUUUAAACACUGAAGCUAUUGCUGGGAAAGUUGUUUUGGUUGUGUUAGAAGACAUGGAAGGCACCAGAGUGGGAAGACUUGAUCUUAAACAAAGCAGGGAUUUGCUAAUUGCUGCUUCAGAGCAGAUAAAACACCUGGCUUCGUUAUCUAGCUCGGUGGAAAGUCUUAAUAAGAAAGAAAAGGCUCAACUGUCCCAUCAACACUUCCAGACUGAAGCUCACAGGGCUGUAAGCCAAGUGCUUCUCAUAAACACUGGAGUCUUGGAGAUGGACACCAGUGACUCUGACUUGCCACACAGCCAUACUUGUCAGGCAGAGCUCUCCGAUGCCUUGCUCGUUCAAGUAGACUCAACAUCUAGGGACAUUGUAGAAACAGUUAAAAGUCACCUGGACAUUUUGGCAUCAUCUGGUUACUCUGAGGCUAAAGGUGCUGGAUUUAUUUCAGUGAUACACCACAUGUUCCACACUGUACAUGAGAAGGUGAAGAUGUUUUUUAAAGUGUCCAGGAAACCUGUGAAAGAAAAUGUCACAGAGAAUUUUGAUACGGUGCAACAAAAAAGUUCCACAGCUACAUCCACAACUAGCAGUGAGACUUUGGUGGACAAACCUGACCGUGCUGCCAAGUCAGAGAAAAGAACAUCAAGCCAUCUUUCCCAGCUAGAUUCAGAAGUUUCUCUGAGAUCCCAUCAGAUAAUACAAGGGGUCAUGCAGGCACUGGAAAACCUUGUUAAUCACAGCAGUAACUCUCAAAUGAGUGAAGUAAGCAGAGCAAAGCAGGAGGAGGACAGGUACAUCUCACGUCCUGGAUCAGGGAUUGCUACUGAUGAAAGAGCAUCUGGUGUUCCUUCAACUCACCAAACUGUAGAUGUUUCCAGUAAGCAGUUUAAUCACAAGACAGUCCAGACAGUGAGUGAUAUCCUCCUCAAACCAGGGAAAGAAGCCGUAGAUCGGCUUGAGAGCGCAACUUUCGUCACGGUAGAGUCAGUAGCGUCCGACAUUAUGGAAGAUUUUGUUAAAGAUUUAGAGAAAAUGCCCUCAUCUAAUCAAAUGAACCAUGGGCAAAACCAAAGUGUGACUGAACCAACACCUUCACAGCAUUUUGCUGAUCAAAGAUUUUACAAAAGGAUGGAGAAGAAGGUGUUUGGAUUUCUCCUGAGGCUCCAAAAAACCCCACAGGUUUUCCAGGAGGAGACGAGUGCACAAAGAGCAGAUCCUGAGAAUCUGUCAGUUAGUACACCUUCUCCCCAUCUGGUAUCACCAAAACUCCAGGAUAAAUUUGACCAAACAGCAGGAGAGGAAACCGCUUCUAGUGAACAUCCUGAACUGUGCAAGGUUGAAUCAGAAAUGCCAAGCACAUCACACAUUGGUGUUUCUACAAAAGCUUUACAUUCAACUGAUGUCACUGAAUGUUCCUCCACUGUGCCAGAAAUGAGCAGUGACCAGGUCAUGCAAAUCUACAUCAGUGAGAAUGGCACCAUCUUUGAGAAGCCUUAUUCAGUUCCUGAUCAGUUUCAAAGGUCAGGCUCUGACAGAGCCCGAUUGGAGAACAUGGCAUCUGAUGCUUAUGGUCCUCCAAAUUUAGCAUCAAACAUUAAGAUGGAUUUUGUAGCAGGACCGUCACACACUAUAGGCAGUUCAUGGGAUUCAAAGCCAGUGGCACCAUGUGGGAAGAAGUGGCAGCUGAACAAUCCUGUUCUUUUACAAGCGUUAAAGAUACUGGCAGAGGAGACAGUUAAGCACCUGUUUGUCCACUUCCACAGCCUUAAACCUUCAAAAGUGGCUGAACAAUUGGCAUCUUUAGCUUCCUCUUUCCAAAACAAGCCAGAUUUCAACAAAUUAACUGGCUUUCCUCAUGAUGUUCCUGAGGCAGUAAGCCAGUUCACUGAGACUCUUACAGACUCAGUGAUAAAAUCCUUAACUUCAACUGUGGAAGUGACAUCAGAAGCAAAGUUAACAAAAGCAUUUGCUGAGAGGAUCCCAGGUACCAAGUCUCCUGACUCCAUGACCACACCUUCAAACAAGUCUUCCACUUCUCUGGUAGACGAGAAUCUGGAUAGUCUUUUGAGACAGGAGAGCCAUUGCUGCCAAAUCCCAAACAAUGGCAGCAUUUCUUUGGAUCCAGCUCCUGAAGUGCAACGGAGAGCUUCCUGGAUUCGUUUCAUUGCUGGGAAGAAAGCUUAUGAGAUCAACAAAAAGAAACGUCCAAUUGUCCCUAUGUCUUCAAAUAUCAGUCGACCUUUUCUGGAAAUCUUCAGGAGGAUUCAUGUAGAGAAUCAAAAUCUUCAGGACCAGCAGGCAAAGCAGUUUGUCACCGUCCAUCCAGGACGUCCUCAAGAGUCUCCAAAGCCCUGAGACAGCCCUUCAGUCAACGAGGUUCAACCUAAUUCAACGCAGCUGAAGACCUGAAAAAUGUGCAGUGUUUCUCUUUAAAUAUGAAUGGAAAAUAAACGAAAGCCUAAAAAUGUAUAUUUCACUCUCUAUAUUGCUCUGUGUAAUAAUUUGUACAUCCACUGAUUUUGGUGCAUGUAGUGCAGUAAGUUCAAUAAUAGUGUAUUGCAUUUGGCCACACAGACAUCCUCAGGGUUCUUCAAAUUCAAUUCACUAGUAUAUAAAUAGUUAGAAAAUGUAGUUUUGAUUAUAUUAAUAAAUUUAUCCAAGUAACUUAUUUUUACCUUCACUAGAAGGACUAGAAAUUGUCAGAUGAUCAGUUAUGACAAAAAUAUUUACCCCUAAACAACAAUAAAAUAUUAUCCAAUACUUCAGAAAUAUUAAAGAGGAAUAUCACAUUUCAAACCUACCACAGUUCUGUUGAAAUGAUUAAAUUCAGACACAAAUCUAGUGAAUUGGAUUAGGCUGUAAUUAAAUAAAAAUGAUCAUUAUAUCAAUUUGGUGUCUUUUAAUCCCAUGCAGCACAUUUUAAUGUAAAAUCUAAAUUGAAAAAAUCUCUUACACAUGAUUAUAUAUUUCCUGUAAUAAAGCAUAGGUUUUUCUGAGCUGUGAGUAAUUUUAAAUUUAUAAAAUAUGUUUCUAAUAUGGCAAUUUUUCAAUGUCCCCAAGGAGAUUCAUCCAAAUUCUAAUAGGAAUGAGAGUGCUAAAAUCUAUGAAUAUAAAAGAAUAUAUAAACAUAAAAAUAUAUAUAUUUAAAUAAUAUUAAAAACAAGUACUUUUUUAUUAAUAUAGUUAUGUAAAUA